AUGUUUGCAAGUAUAAAGCCCAAACUUUGGGAAAUGCAGGUGGAAGCACCAUGGCUCCUUGUUGCUCUAGCCACUGAUAUCCGUGAGCGCUCGCUUUCCCUGAAUUCCUUUUCACAGGUCCCUGCUGAAGCAGCUGAGGAGCUCGUGAAACGUUUUGGUGGCUGGUGCUACGUAGAAUCUUCUGCUUUCUUCCCGGACACAGUGCAGCUGGUCGUGCACGAAGCCUUGGAAGCGGCAUCGUCCUACUACAGGCGCUACAGGGCGACGGGCUUGGGCACCACAUGCGUUUUUCGGGUGCCACAGGACCUCGAUGAUGACCUCGAGGAGAUCGAUGAAGCAGCCGGCGCUUGGGAUGCUGAUCCUGUUGACCCAGCCUUCACGGCCUACGAGGCUGGUGGCGCGGAUCAUGGUGGAACAGGAGAUGUGGAAGGAGACCCUUACUGUCUCCGCCACUACAGGCGGGCUCUUGAGCGGUGGUGCUUGAUCACAUCCGAGUACCUCCCCAAGAGCGAGCAGGCACUUCGAGCGCUGGACGCAUUGACUGGAGAUGCAGCGCUUGAGGUGGAAGAGAUCCCGGACUCGAAGUACUUCCGGGAUGAUGGCAUCGAGAUCCUUCUCAAGGACUUGGAGGUCGCCUUUGGUGAACGCGAGAUUUACCGCCGAGGUGGCCUGAUCCGGGAGUUCGAGAACCUCUCGAGGAUGCAGGGUGAGAGCGUCGACGCCUUCGUACGACGCUACAAGCUGUACGAGAGGAAGCUCCAGGACGCGAAGAUUGCUGCCUAUCCCUCCGAGACGAGGGCAGUGAAGCUGUUGGACGGUCUUCGCUUGAGCGAACAGGCCACUUCGCAGUUGCUUCUCGCGGCCGGCAAUCGCUAUGACAUGGACGCGAUCCUCAAUGCCCUCAAGGUGCAAUAUCCUCCAGGUCUCACUUUGACUGGCCUCACACGACAUCCCACUGCGAUCUCAACCCACGUCAAGGGUCGAGGCCGGGGCAACCACGGCCGCGGACGAAGUCGAUCUGGUGGGAGCUUCAAGUGGCGAACUUGGCACACCGAGGCCCAAGAAGAUGAGAUGCCUGAGGACAACACCGUCCCUGAGACCUUCACCGGCUAUGAGGCCUACGAGAUCUCGAAUGACAUCGCUCUGGAGAAUGCCAAUGACCUGUUGGACGAUGUCUUCGAGUACCAGUUCGAUGACUAUGAGGCCGACCUUGAGGAGGGCCUUCCUGAGCAAGCCCCUGAAGAGGGCUAUGAUGACGGGCCUGAAGAGCAAGCUGAGGCCCUCACCGCCACCAGCAAGAAGAUGGCAUCAGCCACUCAGUCACGUGGCUACUACCUUUCGGCUGCUGCGAAAGGUAAGGGCAAAGGUGGUGGUGGGAAGGGAAAAGACAAGGGCGAUGGUAAGAAGGGUUUUGGUUCUUCUUCAUCCUCAUCAACCUCCUUCCAGAAGGGCAAAGGUUUGGGCAAACCCUCCAAAGGUAGCACCAAGGGUUCUGGGAAAGGUGGUGGAAAGAACAAAUCCUCCACCCAACGACACCGUCUUCAAGCCAGUUUGUGCCUUGGCUGCGACUCGUCAGAGCAUUGGUUGAGGGACUGCCCCCAUGUGACUCAGCAUCAGGCUCAUGUUUGUGCAUCCUCCACCACUCUUGACGGUGAGGGGAUGGUUGUUUGGAUGGUUGGCCACAACAAGAUGCCGCUCGACGCAGAAGAUGAUUUGGCGACCCAUGGCUUGGAAGAGUUUUUGCCCGAAGGUUGCAGUGGCAACUCCCUCCUCCUGAUGACCAUUGAGGGAAAACCUUCAUGGACUGCAGCACCUGAAAAGGGUGACGAAAAGCUGUGGCUGUCCCAUGAAACGUUAACGGUACACAACGACCAGUCUCCGGUCACAGAGGACCAAGCAAGAGAAGCUUUAUCCCAGUUGGGUGAUUCCAGCACCAGGCGCCAUGCCUAUCUUAGGUGCGAUUUGGUUGGCAUGGAGUUGACUAGUUUAGUGAAACUCCGACGCUGGGAACAGCUCCAAUUCCUCAAUGUUUCGCGAAAUCGCCUUCGCUCUUUGGAGCCUGUGGGUGCCUUGCGACAUCUUUUGCACCUGGACGCCAGCCACAACCUGCUCAUCAGGAGUCAAAGUUUCACAGCACCUGAUGCACUGGAGACCUGCGACAUGUCCUACAACAUGUUGGCAGAACUGGGAGACUGGAAAGUUCAUCGGUAUCUUCGAGAAUUGAAUUUACGUGGAAACUACAUCAGCAUUGUGGGGCAUGGCUUGAAGGGCAACUUGGAGCUGCGUAGCUUGGAUCUCUCGGAGAAUUUCCUCUUGAAACUCGGAGAAGACCUGGAUGAUUUGGAGUUGCGCAGCUUGAGCCUGGCGCAAAAUAAGCUGAGUUCUUUGGAAGGGAUCCAAAAGCUGGCAAAGCUGCAUUGCUUGGAUGUCCGGCACAACCAAAUUACAACAAUCACGGCGUUGAGAGCGGAGGACAUACCCCGCUUGCGGAAGCUUCGCCUCGCAGAGAACCGCAUUUCGCAGAUGAGGGAAGUCGAUCAAUUGGCAAGUUUUGUUUUCCUCAGUGAGCUCUACAUGCAGCCAAAUCCUGUGUCUCAACUGCCUCAGUACCGUGCACAAGUUCUACAUCGGCUCCCUCGCCUCAGACAGUUGGAUAGCCAACAGGUCACUCCGGAGGAGCGAGUGAAGACAGAAGUGAUUUUUGGUGCUGAUGUGGAGACGCGCCAAGAAAUCUUCGAGCAACUGUUGCCAGAAGAAACAUUUGUCGACAGAAGGCUCAUGACGGAGGAGCUGAUUGCGCAGCUGGAAAUGGAACAGUUUGGUUGCCACGGCGAUGCCGGGCCCUUUGGCUGUGAAGCCACGUCAGAUCCAACAUUUGGUGAUCCACCCAGGACGAAACUUCAAGUUGCCAAGUUUCGACAGCGCGUGGAGCAGACGCGCCGUGGAGGAUCUCCAGAGGGAGUGGCCAAUUUCUCGACGUACCCUGCACCGUACCAUUCGAGCUUUGCCUAUGAUGAAGAUUUGCCCGAAAUCUUGGAGGCUGUGGCAGAGGGAGGUUGUCAAGAGUUGUGGCUUGGUGCAGCUGAAAUUUCUCCACAAGGACGGCCAAGAAUCGCUUGGUACAGAAGAAGUUCGGAUUUUCCUUUUUGUCAAUCAAGUCUAAGAGCGAUGGCCUCCGACCUUAUUAGCGAUGGCCUCCAACCUAAGAUCGAUGGCCUCCAACCUAAGAGCAAGUGCCUCCAACCUAAGAGCGGUGGCCUCCAACCGACUAGCGCUGGCCUGCAACCUACUAGCGAUGGCCUCCAAUCCAACCUAAGAGCGAUGGCCUCCUUGUUUCCUUUUUGA